CGCCUGCAUCAUCCGCGUCAUUCGCAUUCGGACUGGCGCUGCUCUUCCAUUUUAGCGUCCAUGUUUUGAGUUCCACUUGAAGCGAGUCUGAUUCUGCCGCUUUUUAAGAAAAAACAAGACAAAUAGCGCAUUCAAAACCAAACCAUCAUACUUAACCAAGUUCUUUAGGAUGGGCGACAGUGAAGAUGAGUACGAUAGAAAGCGGCGCGAUAAAUUCAGAGGCGAACGUGCGGAGGCCAGCUAUCGUGGUGCAGAGCGUCCUGUGCGGCCGCGAGAUGAUUGGCCCGAAAGGGAUGCUUGGCAAAGGCCCAGACCUCGCGAUUAUGGUGGCAGGGUGAGGGAACAUGGAUUUUCACCAAACUAUGAACCUGCUGCAAAAAGGAUGAGAGGAGACUACUAUGGUGAAAAUUAUUACAAUCAUUACCAACCUUACCAUCAACCUCAACAUAGAGAACAAGCACCAGUUCCAGCAGAAGGCCAGCAACCACCCAUGAUGUCUUUCAAAGCAUUCCUGGCCACACAGGAUGAUAACAUAUCUGAUAAUGAAGCAAUUGAGAAAUACAAUGAUUAUAAGCUAGAGUUUCAACGGCAGCAAUUGAAUGAGUUCUUUGUGGCACAUAAGGAUGAUGAGUGGUUCCGACUUAAGUAUCAUCCAGACGACUCCGUGAAACGUAAAGAAGAAUUAAGCAACUUUAUUAAGAAACGUUUGGAGGUUUUCCUCGAAUUAUUCAAUGCGGGUAAAAUCGACGAGCAUAGUCUAGAUCACGGGCAUGACGAGGAACUCAUUAAGUUACUUGAUACUGUUGUUAUUAAAUUGGAAGAUGGCACCGAAGAAGACUUCGCUUUGCUUGAACAAGAAUAUCAAGACUCUAUUAGAUAUAAAACUAAUCAACAAAAUAGACUGGAAGGCAAAGAUAGGAAAGAUGUUGAAGAAGUAAUACCGUUAAAAGAUGGCGAGACUGUAAACUUAACCACUCAGGAUGAUGUGGUGAUGCAGGAGGACACUCCAGUAGUAUCGAAAGAAGAAGAAAAGAAAACCAACGGCGAGGAUAAAAUGGACGAAGACAAAAUUGACGAUGAUGAGGAUGAUGGCGAAGUAAAGUGUGAAGAAAAGAAUGGAAAAGACAAUGAAGAAGGCGAAGACAAAGCUGAGGAAAAUGAGAGCAGCGAAAAAAACGAAGACAAAGAGGAUGACGAAGUCAAGGAGACUGAUGAUGGUGAAGUGAAACCAGAAGAAACCGAUGCCAAUGAAGGUGAAGUGAAGGCGAAAGAAAAGAAAAAGAAGGAACCGUCCGAAAAGCGUAAACGUUCUUAUUCCGGAAGCAGCAGUAGUUCAUCAUCGAGUAGUAGCAGCGAUUCCGAGGAUGAGAAAAAGGAUGACGAACCAGAAGUUAAAGACAAGGAACCAGAGCCGAUCGAAGUGAAGCCAAAGCAAGAGGAAAAGCCACGUCCGAGGUACAUUUAUAAAACCACAUCUAUCUGUUUACGUAAUCUUGCACCAACUAUAACGAAACAAGAAAUAGUUGCGAUGUGUUCGCGAUAUGAUGGAUUCCUCCGGUUGGCGUUGGCCGAACCUCAGCCUGAACGCCGGUGGCUGCGCCGUGGCUGGUUGACGUUCAAGCGCGACGCGAACAUAAAGGAAAUUUGUUGGCAUUUUAAUAACAUUCGUCUGCGCGACUUUGACUUGGGCGCGAUUAUUAACAAAGAUUUGAGUAAGCGUAUUAGAUAUGUCAGCGGUAUUACCGGCCACAAACAGGUAGUGCGCUCAGAUAUUCGCAUUGCUGCGAAAAUAGUUCUUCAUUUGGAUCAGAAAGCACAACUGUGGUCGGACUCAACUGAGAAACAGGAAGAAAACUUUGGAUUGGUGUCCAAUAAUCCUGUUUUGCACAACAUCACUGACUAUUUAAUCGAAGAAUGCAGCGCUGAGGAAGAAGAACUUCUGGGACUGGAACCAACUGCCGAUUCGUCAGAUGCAUCAGCUGUUGUUGAGCGUGACAACGAAUUGAUUAAAGUUUUGGAUAGGAUAGUCAUGUAUUUGAGGAUUGUGCACUCUAUUGAUUACUAUAAUCACAGUGAGUAUCCAAGUGAAGAUGAGAUGCCAAGCAGAUGUGGGCUGUUGCAUGCCAGAGGUCCAGCACCUAACUCAAAGGCGGAUAUUUCUCAGUAUAUUGGUGCUGCAGUAGAAAGUAAAAUGGCUAAUUAUCUCCCGGAGAAACCAGCAAAAGAAGAACAAGUGAAGAACGAAGCAAAACUUGUGAGUUUAUCACUUAAAGAUGUCGACACGGAAAUGGACAAGUUCGUGCAAGCCAACACCAGAGAACUAGCGAAAGACAAAUGGUUGUGUCCAUUGUCCGGUAAAAAAUUCAAAGGACCCGAUUUUGUGCGCAAGCACAUUUUCAACAAACACGCCGAGAAGAUCGAUGAAGUCAAGAAAGAAGUGGAGUUCUUUAAUAACUAUCUAAGGGAUCCCAAACGCCCGAUGUUGCCGGAACCGCAACAACCCAAGCGUGAGGAACCACCACCAUUCGCCCACCAAUCGAAUUAUGGCGGAGCAUAUGGCGGCGGAUACGGUGGCUAUGGAGGUCCGUCUCGUUACAACAUGUAUCCGCAGAGACAGCGAGGGUUUGCGCCCCGAUCGCGUGGUGGUGGUGGCGGAGGCGGCGGCAUGGACCACCGACCCGUGGUACACUAUCGGGAUUUGGACGCGCCUAGGGAACCUGAGGAAUUUAUAUAAUCAUUUUGUAGUCAUUUAAAUUGGACCGAAUUGUGUUGAACUUAUACGUCAGUAAGUUUAAACUGUUUCCGCAGUUUUAGGUUUAUGUCGCGUUUUAUUUUUUUGACGUGGAAACAUUGAAACUGUAUAUUUCAAAACAAGUCAUUUUCUUAUUUGUCCUCAUUGUAUGCUUGUGACGGUUCUACAAUGUAAUUAAUUAAAUAUAAUACAUUGAAUCUAA